UUCUCUCCUCCUCACCGGCGAUCCGCUGCAUCCGCGGCCGCUGACAGACGCUCAGACCUCCGCGGAGAACACAGCGAACCACACCGGGUGUAAACAUGCUCAGUAAAGUCUGACCUUUCCACCGGAAGCAGCCGCAGUGUGUUCAUAUCCAAGAGCAGCUUUCUACCAGUGCACCUUCCAGACCAGUGGACAUUCACCAUGUUGUCCAGGUUGAGGACAGCCUGGUCCCUGAGGCCCUGUGUCUCCGUUUGCAGAUGGGCACACACCAAAGAGAAGGGCAAGCCCCUCAUGCUCAACCCUCGCACCAACAAAGGCAUGGCCUUCUCUCUACAGGAGCGUCAGAUGUUAGGGAUACAUGGUCUGUUGCCGCCGAAAGUUGAGACCCAGGACAUUCAGGCCAUGCGUUUUCAGAAAAACCUCAAGAAAAUGACUGAUCCCCUCGAGAAGUACAUCUACUUGAUGGGCAUCCAGGAGAGAAAUGAGAGGCUCUUCUAUAGAGUGUUGAUGGAAGACAUAGAGGAUCUGAUGCCAAUAGUUUACACUCCCACCGUGGGCCUGGCCUGCACACAAUAUGGACACAUCUUUCGAAGACCCAAAGGUUUGUUCAUCUCUAUUCUGGACAAAGGACACAUCCGCUCCAUCCUGGACAACUGGCCAGAGACUAAUGUCUCAGCAGUAGUAGUUACUGAUGGGGAGCGUAUUUUAGGAUUAGGGGACCUUGGCGUUUAUGGAAUGGGUAUCCCUGUUGGAAAACUUUGCCUGUACACCGCCUGUGCUGGCAUUAGACCUGAGAAGUGUCUGCCUGUGACGAUAGAUGUUGGCACAAACAAUGAGACUCUCCUGAGAGAUCCACUGUACAUGGGCCUGUACCAGAAGAGAGACCAGACUCAAGCCUACGAUGAUUUGAUCGAUGAGUUCAUGGAAGCUGUGGUGGAAAAAUACGGACAGGACACGCUGAUCCAAUUUGAGGACUUUGGGAACCACAAUGCCUUCCGCUUCCUCAGGAAGUACAGAGAGAAAUACUGCACCUUCAAUGACGACAUCCAAGGCACUGCUGCUGUAGCUCUCGCUGGUCUGUUAGCAGCUCAGAGAGCUGUUGGCAAACCCAUCACUGAACACCGGGUGCUCUUCUUGGGAGCUGGAGAGGCCGCCCUUGGUAUUGCCAAUCUGAUUGUCAUGUCCAUGAUGGAGUCAGGAGUGUCCCAAGCUGAAGCCAGAAACAAGAUCUGGAUGUAUGACAAACAUGGCUUACUAGUAAAGGACAGACCGGAAACAGACUCCAAUCAGGAGGCGUUUCUCCACGACAGUCCAGGAGACAUACAGAGCUUCCUAGAUGCCGUCAACACCAUUAAACCCACAGCUAUCAUUGGUGUCUCAGGAGCUGGACGUCUCUUCACCCACGAUGUCAUCAAGUCCAUGGCCGCCCUGAACGAACGACCAAUCAUCUUUGCCCUGAGUAACCCAACCACUAGAGCAGAGUGCACAGCAGAGGAUGCCUACACUCUCACUGAUGGCAGAUGUCUUUUUGCCAGUGGGAGCCCAUUUGGUCCAGUGACUCUGAGCGAUGGCCGUGUCUUCACUCCUGGACAAGGGAACAAUGCUUACAUCUUCCCAGGUGUGGCCUUGGCUGUGAUCCUGAGUGGAGUGAGACACAUCAGUGACACCGUGUUCCUAGAGGCUGCCAAGACUCUUGCAGAGCAGCUGACGGAUGAAGAGCUGCAAGAAGGUCGACUGUAUCCACCUCUUUCCAACAUCAGAGAGGUUUCUGUCCAGAUGGCUGUCAAGGUGGUGGAGUUUGUCUAUGCUAAAGGCAUGGCAUUCCGCUACCCUGAGCCCGAGGACAAGAACAGCUUUGUACGAGCUACUGUCUGGGACAUCAACUACGACUCCUUCCUGCCAGACACCUAUGACUGGCCCGCUGUCAGCUUCAGCCCCAAGACCAAGUAGAAACAGAAGAAAUCCUCAUUGUUACCAUGUCAUAAUGUCACUAUCUUUCUUUGUCUUCCAUUUUAUUCUUUAUCACAGAUCUUCUGAGAUGAUCAUAGUUAUGUUAGUGCCAUUGAAAAAAGAGCAGUAGUAACUCCUUAUUGCUCUCAUGUCACUGAAUUUGCACUGACUCAGUCUUAUAAGAUCUGUGAAAAGCUUGAGUGGGAGGUGCUACUCGGAAAGAUUGGGACAUUUGAAUGGGAACAGCCACAGAACAAGAGGGCCAUCUGGUGGUGGAAAAAGGCACGGUGGAAAUCUGGUUUCGAUGUUAAAUCUUGUACAUUUUACACACACAACACAAUCACUAGGUAAAUAACAUAAUGCUUUAUCGUAAUUCAAACACUGUCCCUACAGUGUUUGAAUACUCAGCGUACACUCCUUUUGUUAAGAAAUGCCGAUAAUAUCUUUAACCUAUAUUAAGAGGUAGUAUUUCACUCCAGGGUUAUUUAUUUUAGUUGUGUUCACUCCUAAUUCAACCCCAUUGUUUAUUUCUCGUCCCCUUCUGAUUAAAUGUGUCUACCUAGAUACUGCCAAACUUAGUACACUGGUUUAAACAUGAAGAAUGCCUUUCCACAUUGUUUCACAUCAGGUGGUCCUCUGGUCUAAGACACAAAGACCAUGUUUAUAUUAUGCUUCACUGAUCAUCAGUAAGAGUCCAGUUGAACAGAAUGCUAAAGAGAAGAGGGAGAAAGAGAGAAAACAGUAUAACUGAAAGAAGGAAUUAGACAUGAAGACACUUUAAUGGAAGAUUUUCCGAUUUUAUGGAGGAAAAUUAAAUGAAAUUUAUAUCUUAAGAACGCAUCCACUCCAAUAUCUUUUUUUCUUCAAACAUUCUCUCCUAGAAAUUAUUUUGUUUCAUUUUUGUGGGAUCAUCGGAUGUUUUUGCAAAGUCAUCACCACUAUUUUGCUUCAGUGUGAAAUACAAAUGGAUCUAAUCUAUAUCUGAAAUAUCUAAACAAACAGUGUGCAGUAUCAAAUAAUUGGAUAAACAUUAUUUUCUACCUAAACUAUAUUUUACUUACUGUACAAUGCACUUUUGCAGAAACUAAGACUGUCCGCUGAAAGUGUAUUUAUAAAGCUGUGUCCUUGUGUGUGUGUGUGUGUGUGUGUGUGUGUGUGUGUUAGCAGGUUGUGUGCGAGUUCUGCUCAAGUCAACACACUUCUGUUCACUGUUGUGGUCGACCAUGAUCUAGAAGAAACUGUGACAUAAAAGUGGUUAAAGCUUUGCUCAUGUAUCAAGUUAUGAAUUUUUUUUUCUACAUUUAGAAAUGGAAAUUGUUGCUUGCUGGUCAUCUCCGCUGCAAGCUUCUCAAAAAUCAUAUAACUGUCAUGAAAACAUAGCGACCAAAUAGCGGUGCUAAGAAAGGUCACAGACCAUAUUAAAAGGACCUUUUGAAUAUGGUUUUAAUUCUCAAUCCAUUAUGAUAAAAACAGUUUCUGCACUCGUCCAUACCUUAAACUCAUGCACUGUUUUGAUGCAAAGGGGUACUGAUGCCUAAAAGAUGGAUUGUUAGUCAAUAUGUAUUUGUAUGAAGUAACAGAUUACAAUAAAACAGCUAAGUAGUCGAUUUCAGUUGUACACACUGUUGUCAAGGGCAUUACAGAAUCUGCAAUAUGUAAACAUAUAUAUAUAUAUAUAUAUAUAUAUAUACACUCCUCCAGGAUGCUGUUUAGGACCUCCCUGCACUGAAGUGCCUGCACAGAGUUCAGUGUCUAUUCAGUCACUCCAUGUUCCACACUGUAGACAAGAUGAGGUCAUUUUGUAGUAUUCAACGUGCAGCUUCUCCUCACACUCAACUUAUGUAAUAGUUUUAUUUUUAUGAAACUCUAUGUAGAAACUGUUACACCCCAUCAAGUGUUGACUUGGUCGGUUUAGCUGUUGUUGUUCUAAAGUGUGUAAUGAGCUGUUACUGUGUGACUGGUCGGCUCAUGUCAUUCCUGUCGUCCCUCCAUAUUUCAUAUGUGCAUUAGUUUUGUGCAGCGUCCGCAGUGUUCCUGAAGUUUGUUUUUGUUAAAUUACAUCAGUGUUUGUAUGCAGAGAGCGGCUUGUUAGUGAUGUUAAAGUGCAGAAUAAAACCUAUUUUACACUGA